AUGAUUCCAACAAUUCUAUUUAUACGAUUGUACGCCAUCAUUUUAAUUAUUCUUGGUCAAGACGCAAUUAUUUCUACAGCUUCUUCUUGUGGACGUUGUUCAUCUCAAGAAUGUCGAGCAAAUCCAGUGCCGUACUCAGCCAAUGUUGAUUGUGAAUGCUUACUAAUGACGAUGACUGCAGGUGGAAUGUGUGCUGAUACUAUUGUAUCAUGUAAUGAUUUGACUCCAUGUCAAAAUGAUAAUGUAACGUGUUUGGUGUCCAAUACUGUAUGUGUCAAUAAUAGUCGCUGCAAUGCUCCCGUAUGCUAUCCACUUGAGCGUGCAUCUUCUCAACGAUGUCCUCCAUUGAAUUCAAAUACAUCAAACAUCAUCACAAAUUGUCAGCAAAAAUAA